AUGGAGGAGGAUUCAGAAGAGGGAAGAGAAGCGGAAGAGAUGGAGGAAGAGAAAGAGGAAAUUGAAGUGGUCAAUGAAACGACAAGUAAAGAAACUGUUUGGGGUAGAUUUUUAAAAAUUGAUGUAGAUCAAUCAUUAUUGGAUGAUAAAACUUUGUUGUUCUGGUAG